AUGGGGGAACGUCGUCUGCCCUUUGGCCCAGGAAAAACAUCUCCCCGCCUCAUCAAAGACUUGCUAGAUUACGACCCGCGAAAACGAGAACACCGUGGAGGCAAGAACUUGUUGGCAGAUCAAGCAGAGAAGGAAAUUGACGAUGAAACAACAUUCGUCAGACGUGGGGAGAACGACUGCCGGCACAAGCUGAAGAAGAUCCCAGAGCGAUCUGUACACCCUCAGACGAAUGAUGUGCCACCGGACGCUUCCAGUACCUACGUGGUAUCUACCUUUUGCGAUGACUGUCAUUUCUAUUUCGAUCUGAUAGUCGACUACACUGGUUGGAAGGAGGGGCAAACGCCCUGCAAGCUAUCAGAUCCUAAGAACCCGCUACAUCACUUUCAACUUGUCGAGACGAUAUAUGCAAAGGACCAACCAUCACGGUUGUCAAAACCCAGAACCAAGUACAACCCUAUCAUCGAAGAGCAUCAUUUCUGUUGUUCGCAAAAGAAUUGCCCCAUCCAUGUUCAAAUAAACAUUUCCACCCCGAGACUAAGCAUAAAUCUACUAGCACCAAUAUUAGAUAGCCACAAAGUGCGGGAGCGAGGACUCAGAGAGAUACAUCAUGAACCAACUAGAUAUGAAGAUCUGUCACCAGUCACGCCUUUCCAAGCUCUAGGGUUCCUGAGACAAUAUGUCAGUGAUGCGAAAGCCGCGCAGCAAGGGCCAACAAUCCCGAAAAGAAUUGCAAAGCGAAACAAGAAAUUCGCAUUGUCCUUUGGGGCUGAAUGUGAAGACCUGUUCGAGUAUUUGGAAUUUACGACGAUAAAAGAAGAGCCGGAUGUUGAAGGAGGCGAGCCAAAUUACUUCUGGCAACAACCAAAAAUAACCGAAGAGACUAGACCUUUCUUCGAUGAUAUAACAACGGAAAUCAGCCUCCAGCUUCUAUUACGACCACUUCCCGAGAAGGCAGUCUCAAAAACUGCUUUCAACUUCGUUCCUGUACCUGCCGAGCGUUUUAUUCAGAUUGUUCUUGGUUAUCUCGAUUACCCUACAAGAUCGCGUAUCAUCAAUCUUGACCCCGACGAACCAGACCACCCACACUAUAUCAGCUUAGGUGCUGAUCGUGAUUUUCGAGACGAUUAUUUGAUAUGGGCCUAUGAUAGACAGUGUGCUUGUGAUCCCGAUAACGUACCUUAUUAUCUUGAUUGCCUGUCGUCUAUUGCAAAUGGUCGGGAAAGUUCUGACCUUCAGACGAAAGUUGUGAUGAUAACCUCUUCUGGUGAAUAUGGCUUAAAAGCAAUACAUGAUGCAUAUAGGUUUUUCGGCUUAUAUCCAGAUACAAACGAGGGAGAUGAUCACAUUAUUGGUGUCUACAAGUCAAGAAUCGAAUCAGCACCCCGGCAGAAGGAAGAAGCGAGAAACUCUCUUUUGGCAAUUGCAAAGGCAAGAGACUCUGAAAAGAUCAGGGCUGUGGCAAAUGAUAGGGCCAUGACUCUGGAGGAAGCAUUGGAAUUUUUUGAUGCUCCAGCAAACAUUGAUUCUGACAGUCUUGAGGCCGUAGCUGUUUCGAUGUCAUUUGAUGGCGAUACGUCAAAGGUUGCCCGCGCCCUGAGAGUUGUUGCAAACGCUCGCGCGGACCCUAUUCUUCAGCGAGCAGCUAUGAACUUAGAGACUGGAAAUACGGGAUCAACGCUAGAUGUCGGCGAUGCAUACAAGCGACUACAAAUAGCCGUGCGUCAUGUACCAGAUGAGACGGUCCUCUCUUACUACACGUCGUUACUUCAAGAUGCUGGUCAAGGCUCUAAGGAUAGCUACGCUGAAGCGCUAAGAGUCAUUGCAAUUGACCGCGGAAGCAACUUUUUACUCUCAAAACUCGAUGAUCCGAACGCAGUUGUUCCUUCGGAGCCAAGUACAGCCAAUCAACCGGUUGGACUUGACAACAUCGGUAAUACAUGUUACCUAAACAGUCUUCUCCAGUAUUACUACACUGUAAAACCUGUGCGAAAUGUGGUAAUGGAUUUUCAGAACCAUCGAAUGGCCUUAAACGAUGAAGACAUCAAGAAAAAGAGGGUUGGAGGCAGAAUUGUGGCGAAGUCGGAAGUCAUCAAAGCCCAGAAGUUCGUGGAUGAGCUACAUAGACUCUUCGAAAACCUCAAGACAGCUUCAACGCAUUCGGUGAAACCCACUCGCGAGCUUGCCGAAUUGACGAUAUUUAGUUCUGCCGCCGAAGCUAACUUUCGGAGAGCUUCAAUAAGCAGCCCAAGUGGACCACCAAAUCUUGCGUCCAUCCUGAACAGCCCAGUGUAUGGGCCGCAGUUACCUCCACCACCAAUACCGCCGCCACCAGUACCAGUUGAAGAUGACAUUGAAAUGAUUGAUCAUCCUGUCGACAAGGUUAUCGACGAUGACAGUAGCGAAACUACGCUAGUUGAUUUGCCAGAACUACUGCCUUCUUAUGAAGAUUCUGUUUCCCAAGCGGAGCCGAAGUCGUUGAGAGCUGAUAAGAAGAAUCUCGAGCAAGUAGGAUUGGAUGAAGACGCUGUUAUGGUUGACGGCGACCACGCAAUUGGAGAGACAACUAAGUUCAAGCCUCCUCCUGAAAAGCAGCCCCCUUUACCUCCGCGAAAUAAAGCAGGGCUGGUCAUCCAGACUAACGACAAUAAAACCUCAAUAUCCGACGACGAAUUGUGGAAGUUUGGAUCGCAACAGGACGUCACAGAAGUUAUUGGCAAUGUCAAUUUUAGGUUACUAUGCGCCUUGAAGCCAACCAGUAUCGAUGAGCAAUCAGGCGAACAGAUGGAUAUUGUUAGAGAUACUUUAUACGGCGCAAACGCAGUCUAUUUGCAAAAAGCAUCCACACUCGAGAAGAAGGUAGAAGCAUGGGCUAAUCUAAUUGUUUUCCCGGCACCACAGGGGCCCCGCGACAUCUACGAAGCGCUCGACGUGGUGUUCGACGAGCAGAUGGUGGAAAUCGACAAUACCACAGCAGCACAACACGCUUCGAUCAGCCAACUCCCCCCAAUCAUCCACAUUCAAAUCCAACGAACGGCAUUUGAUCCCGUUCGACAAGUUGCAUCUAAGAAUCGCAAUGCUGUCGUCUUCCCCGAAACAAUUUAUCUCGACAGAUACAUGGACUCUUCUGACCCGUCUUCAACCCUCAUGCGACGUCGCCGUGAAACCUGGAAAUGGAAAUCGCAACUCCGCAUCUUAGAAGCCAGGGAAGCAGCGCUAAACACUACGAUCGCCGACGUUUCCGUCAAAGAUGCCUUGAUCGCUACGAAAGAUUAUGUGUCGAAACUUUUGGAAGAGGAGAUUGAUGGGGUUCUGGUAGAUGCCGCUCUUUCUGAUUCCUUGGAUGAGAGGACGAUGGAAGUUAGCGAGGAGCUCGAGAGUAUCCAAACCGAAAUAUCCGACUUAAAGAAGAAACUCAACGAACAGUUCACGGAUAUGAGAGAACAGGAGUAUAAAUUACAAGCCGUAUUCAUUCAUCGUGGUGAGGCAGGUGGAGGUCAUUACUGGGUCUACAUCUACGAUUUCGAUAAUGAUAUCUGGCGCGAAUACAAUGAUGAGUACGUCACCGAAGUCAAAGACCGUCGACGCAUCUUUGAAGACCUAGGCACUUCCAGCGGGACCCCUUACUAUCUUGCGUAUGUACGGAGCGCGGAUCGUAAUGAGCUCGUGGAAGCAGUCUGUAGAGAGGUUCCCGAGUCGCGGAAUGUUGAGAUGGUGGAUGUUAGUGGGGAGGAGGAGCAGGCCCUUAUUGAGCUGGAUGAUGAGGAGGGUGAGAGACAUGUUGAGCAUGUCAGGCCGAGACCGAUUAGGCCGAAACCGGUGCAGGGGUGGCAGGAUACAGAGAGUCUGGAUGCUAAUGGGAGAAAAUGGUGA